AUGAAGGUUAAGUGGGCUGUAGUUAAACGUGGAAGGAUAAUGAAUUGGGGUCAGUUGUCAAGGCAUCUGCUAAACUCAGCCUACGCCACCUCCGGAUUUCUCAUGCAAACAAACGGUGCCAGGCGACGUUUGCUCGAGCAAGCUCUGUUCCUCCAAACCUGUCGUCGAGUCACCAUGACACAGGCACGCGGCUCGCCGACAACCUCGGCAUCAAUUCGAUCAGCGAACUGCAAGGAUGCUAUUUUGCGAGCACCACUCGCAACGGAAACUGGCCGCUGGGCCGCCCAGCGGGGCUCGCGCCGACGCACCAGACUGGAUGCAGGUGCCGCAGACUGCCAGAGAACACCGCCGGUCAACUGGGGCGACAGAGAGGGUGGAAGAGCGCCACUGGGCGUUUGGAGAAACCGGUUGAAAUGA